GAGCCGAGCCGAGCCGCGUCGAGCCGUGCUGCGCCGCGCCCCGCCGCAGCGAGCCCCGUCGAGCCCCGGUCGAGCCCCGCCGCAGCGAGCCCCGUCGAGCCCCGCCGAGCCCCGCCGCGCCGCUCGGAGCCGCCCCGCUGCGGGCUCCGCUCCGCUGCGCGGCCGCAGCCCGGCGCAGGUGAUGCUUUCUCCUCAGAGGCACCUGAAGCGAAGAGAGCCAUCCAUGAUGCAACUCUUCCUUCUACUUUUUCUCUUCCCACUCCCAGGGUUGGGGGAGAGAAGCCGCCAAGAAGAGGACUUCCGCUUCUGCGGUGAACGAAACCAAACUGAGAACAGCUCUGUCAUCUACGAGCAUGGCCCUGCCAUCAUCUCCAUUGAGAACACGGCCCAGGCGCUGAUAAUAAAAAGGCCCUUUUUGCCAAACCAGAGAAACUCUUAUUACAAGUACAGUUUGCCUCCGACUUUGGGCAGAUACCGCUUCUGUGUCUACUGGUUCAAGCCCAACAAGACUCUCAAACUUGCGUAUGGAAAACAGAACUUUCUCCUGGGAAAAGACCUGUCUGGUAACAUCAUCUGGGGCAAAGAAAAUCAGAAGACUGAAAAGAACAACAGCUCUAUCUUCAAUGUGUCCUAUAUUUUGAAGGGCCAGAAGAACACCUCCCUUGACAGUUCACCCUAUUACUUCUUCCCUGCUUCUCCAGAAAACAUGCCUGUCUGGGAGCAAGAUGUGGAAAAAGAGCUAACCGACCUAGACAGCCUCAUGGUGCAGUCCCCCACAGUGGCUGCGGGAGUCCCGGUGCACAGGACCUUUCGCAACAAACUGCAGGAAUUUGAGAAGAAGCUGGCCAAGGUGGAGUUUGAAGGCCAGAAUCGGACCUUUGGGCAGGCUGCCAUGCAUGCAACUGUCCUGAAGAUCGAACCCAGUCAAGCUCCUCAAGACGUGGCCUUUGCUUCCCAGAGAGAGGAGGAUAGAGAGGUCCAUGGAUUUUCAGUGGAACUGCCAAGAAGCCUGUUCACGAAGGUGAAGGACACGGAGGAGAAAGUGGAGCACAGGGUGCUCCUCAUGGACAUCAACAGCCAGACCAUGUUCCAGGAUAAAAACAGCAGUCGUGUCCUGGGAGACAAGGUGGUCGGCAUCUCCCUGGUGGACACAGUAGUGGCCAACCUCUCCGAGCCCGUGGUCCUCACUUUCUUCCACAGCCAGCUGCCGAAGAAUGUGACCCGUCUGUGUGUCUUCUGGCAAGAAGACAUCACCACACACUUCGGUAACUGGAAUAACUACGGUUGUACAACAGUGAAGGGGGAUAACCAGACAGAUUGCAGAUGCAACCACCUCACCUACUUUGCUGUACUGAUGGUAUCCUCCCCGGAGAUCACCUAUAUACACAGGGAUUACCUGAGUAUCAUAACAUACAUUGGCUGUCUUAUCUCAGCUUUGGCAUCCAUUUGCACCAUCUUCUUCCUCUACUUCAGAAGCAAGCAACGAGACCAAAUCACAAGCAUGCACAUUCACAUGAACCUACUGGGCGCCAUCUUUCUCCUGGAUGUCAACUUCCUCAUCUCAGAGCACUUGGCUUCCAGCAGUGAGGCAAUCUGCAGAGCUGGGGGGCUAUUUCUGCACUUCUCUCUCCUGAGCUGCCUGACGUGGAUGGGCAUCGAGGGUUACAAUCUCUACCGGCUUGUGAUUGAAGUCUUCAAUGCCUACCACAAUCACUUCCUCCUCAAGCUCUGCUUAGUGGGCUGGGGUCUCCCCUUCUUUUGCGUGACGCUGAUCUUCUUUGCUAACUGGACGAACUAUGGCCCAUUCUCCAUUCCAGUGUAUGAAUCCACUGGUGGCAAAUACACCAACGCAACCAUAUGCUGGAUCACAAGCCCUCUGAUCCACAACAUAGUGAACCUGGGUUUCUUCAGCCUGGUGUUCCUCUUUAACUCGGUCAUGUUGGGGGCCAUGCUCCGGGAGCUCCUCAGGCAGAACAAGAAAGGCCACAAGUUCAAGCAUGUCCUAGCCCUCUUUGGCCUGAGCAUCCUGCUGGGCAUCCCAUGGGCACUGGUCUUCUUUUCCUUCACCUCCGGUGUUUUCCGCCUUGUCUCCCUCUACAUCUUCACCAUCAUCAACUCUCUCCAAGGUUUCCUCAUCUUCCUCUGGUACUGGACAAUGGUGCUGCAGGCGAAAAAGUCCCCUGACUCCCAGAGCAGUUCUGACAGUAUGAAACUGCAGCCCAACAGCAGCCAAACCCAUCCUGACUGAGCCCUCGUGCUGCCAGCACCACGGAGCUCCCUCGCCAGCCCAGUUCCAGGCUGGCACCAGGUCUCCCAGCAAGGAGGAUGGCUAUGGGGAGGGAGCUGAACCCAUCACGCUUUGCUACCAUACCUGCCCCACAUGGCUACUAGGAAUGCAGAGAAACCUGCACGAGGGUCUGGCCGUGCGGAGCCCAGCACCAUCCGUGGCUGCACUCUCCUGCCCGCUUCCCGCUGCACCCAUGCACCCUGGCUGCGGCAAGCACUGCCCCUCGCCCAGCACCCACUGAUGCCGCCUUGCCUGUCCUUUGCUCUGUGCCAUGGCCAAGGCUCCAGGGUCCCACCAAGGCAGCAGGUGCAGCUUUGAUGGGGCAGCUGCCUCCCUGUGCCACGUGGGGCAGAGCCAUGGGGGGACAGGGCUGGCUCCUGGAUGGAAGGAUGUGUACGGCAUGGGCCAGGCCAUCCUCACUCGUGCUGGGAACAAGGGCUGUGAUGAUAAGCGGAGGACAGAACUAGGGUCUCCAGUACCGCCUGAUGUCUUCUCCAUUGUGCCUGGGCUCAUCCUCUGCAUUUGUUGUGGGGCAGUGGGUGGGAAAGGCCCCAUCUUCACCCCAUGCAGCAGUGGUGGUUACCAAGAGGGUCCUUCCCCAGCAAAGACUGAAUAACUCUGUCCCUGCAACACCCACUAGCAGCUGGAAUAAUCUAUUUUUGUUAUUUUGUUGAAUGUUCUAUAUUUUUAUAUGGUAUAGAAAUUUAACGUUUGCGCUCAUACAUCAGAAUUGUGCCCAUUAAAAAUGUUCCUGCUCUGUU